AUGGAGUCCCCAAAGCCCUACCCGCGCUCAAACCCUCUGCUAUCGCUCUCCACCUUCAUACACCAGCACUGCCUCCGCCUCGGCGCCGAGCUCUCCACCCGCCUCGAAGACACCAAGCGGCUAGUCGGAACCAUAGCAGGCAACUUCGCGCCGGCGGCGACCAGGCGCAUGCGUUCGGCGCCGGUUUCUCCUCCCUUCGCGUGGCUAGCUCAGAGCAAUCACGCUCUGGCCGCUACCCUCAGCUCUGACCACGUGGCGAAGAGCCUGGCCGGGACGGCCGUAUAUACGGUUAGCAAUUCGAACAAUGAGUUCGUGCUCAUCUCUGAUCCUAAUGAGGCCAAGUCCAUUGGAUUGCUUUGCUUUCGGCACGAAGAGGCCGAAGCAUUCCUCGCUCAAUUGGUAGGGGGAGGGGUGGAGCAGCUUUAUCUCGGAAUGGACUUGGGUACAGGGACUAUUCAUGCCGAAUGA